AUGACUAGAAGAACAUAUUUUGCCGCGCACCCAUAUGCACCGAUCUGUUCAACAAUAAUUGGACAACGACAAUUAUUUAUUAAUGCUCAAUGUUCAUACCGUCUACGUAGUGAUCAGUUCUUAUCAAACGGUGAUGCACGUAUACGUGCAUUUGGUAGUUUAGCUGGCGAAGCUUAUUGGCCUGAUAUAGCAGCCAAUGACGACUAUGAAUUUUCAGUUGGUGUUGAUCCUGAUGUUGUGUAUAUAGAAUAUGUAGUAUUACUUCCAUCUAAAGUGUUAAAUAAUACAUCAGCAAAACCACAAUAUUCUGGAAGUGAUGUAACUACUGUUAGACAGUUAUCAUAUGAAAUAAACUUAAAAUUAAAAAAUUUUAAAAAACGUCUAGUUAAAGUUGAAUAUACUCUAUAA